CUCCCCUGUGCCCGCCCACAGCCACAGCUUUUCCUCCGCCCUCCGUACCGGCCUCUCAAACCGCGGGGGGGAGGGCAAGGACGGGCACGGGGCUGCUGACACCCGCGUCGCCUCUGCCACCGCGCAGCCCAGCUGCUCUCCGGUCACCGCCGUGCGUCAUCACGUCCCCGGCUCCAGCACCGAGGCCGCCCGACGCCGGCACACGGUCCCCGCCUGUCUCUGCCGCGCUGCUAACACCGGCACAGAUCCCGUCUGUGUCCGCUGCGACAGGAACUCUCCCGGACAACGCGGAACAGCGACAGCCGCGGCCCCCGCGCAGCGAUGUGCUGCCACUUCCGGGUUCACCUACGCGGCCACCGUCGCAGCCGAUGACGAAACAGCCCCGCGACUCUGGAGCUGCCGCGGAACGCGGGGCAGAACGGGAGCGGGAAAUGGAGGGAAAUGAGGAAAGAGAUUAUUCAGAAGCAGAGACUGGAGCACCAACAGGGACAAUUCAAGCACAGGAACUUAGAAAGACUUCGAGAGAAAGUGAUCUACCAGAGGCAGUUCACGAAAAAAACGAAAUCCCGUUAAUUGCAGGAAUGCAUGUUGUUUUUACCCUUUUGCUUUAAUUUUUGCAGUAAAACUUUACCUGUAAAUCAGCCCGAGAUAAAUGCCCGGGUUGCCUUAGCCGAAGACUGCAAGCUUUGAUACCAUCUGUUUGUCAGAUCAUACUGUUCCUCUUCAUAAACAGCUGCAAAAUUUAAAAGAUUUAGCCAACCAAACUCAUAUUGAUAAUUCUAAAGUGACUCAAUCUGACCUUCAAAAGUUAGAGAAGCUGGACAAUUUGUUUUAAAGUUUAAGCUUUGCGCCUUGGCUAAGAGAACUCUGUAAAAUAAGCUUAAUUGUUUUAAUAAGUGUUAAUUGUAGUCUUAGCAGCAGUGCCCAUUAUACUUCAGUGUGUGCAAAAACUAACAAAUAAGACAGUUUCUAGUAUAACAAUGUCCUUCUCCUGACAGAAAGCCCAAAGGCCAAGAAGCAAGGGAAGGACUUGUAAAGCUUGUAGAGCCUCAAAUGCAACACUGUAUGAAAAAUCUGUAGUGGGUGUAUCUCGUAGAGAUUGGAUACUGGGAAUUAGAAUAUUCACUAUAGAAAAAGAUAUAUUGGAUUGUAACAAGAACUUUGCUCUCUUAGCUAUUAACCUCUCUCUUACCUCUCUCUCUUAUCUCUUAGCAGGUUUGGGGCCUGGAGUAUCCCAGCUUCAUAAUUGUUUGUCACAGUUUGGCUCCUGGCAGAGGAAGGGAGUCUGUUCUUGGCUGUUGGCUGUCGGUGUCACCCCCUGUUGGUGUCCCCAGCCCCCUUUGCCAUCCCCCCGCCGGGGUGGGAGCUGUGCAGAGCCACGGCUGCGUCACCUUGGGAGAAGCUGCUGCUGUAUUGUGAAAUCUGCAGAGGUGCUGAGGCCCAGAGAGUGGUUUGAGGGUUUGAAAAAGCACAACAGGGAACAGAGAAAUCAGCUCCAGUAGGCUGAGGACCGUGCCCUGUAACUUGGAAGCCUGGGACAAGAGCUGAACAAUAAUUUCUUCUCAGGCUGCCAGAGAAGCUGCAGAUUGUGCUGCAAGAAUAUCCACGAGGUACCAAUGAUGAUGUACAGUUUUUAAAUUAGUCUGGAAAGGAAACCACGUUGUUUGGAAGGAAAGCCUCAGGUGGAACAUUUCUGGCUGGCUGAGGGGCAGAGGAAAUGCUGCCUGAAGUGUGGUCCCACAGCACGUGUGAGCAAACCUGCUUGUGAGCUUUAAACCAGCCCUGGUCACUGAGAAACGUGGGACAAGAACUGACUGAUAGCUUCUCGCAGGCCCUAGCAGGAAGAGCAGCAGCAAAUUGUGUUGGAAGAGUUUCCGGUCAUUUUUCAUUCUGUUGUGGCUGGCUAAUUGGCAGAGGAGGUGCUGCCUGAGGAGCAGCUCCAUAGCGUGGCAUGAGCAAGGUUUUGCAUGAGCUUCAAACGAGUCACAGUUUCUGGCAAACGUCCUGGGAGCUGUUCUACUUUGGGAUAUUCAGGGGGAAAUGCAGCACAAAAGGGAGCCCUGAAAGCCAGGAGAUGUACGUUUUUAACUUGACAUCACUCACAGAGUCUGAAAAUGUCUUGUCAGCUUCGGUGUAUUAUUAUAUUGGUGAUCUGCUGCAUGUGAAGUGGAACUGUUCCCAGUCCAGUGGCUGUUCUCAUCACAGGCACAGGAAGCCUGAAAUUCAGCUACAUCUUUCAGUUUGGACCUUUCCUUCAGCUGGGAACCCGACUCGGAGCCUGGGACAUUUUCUCAUAAAUGUAUCCUCUGCUUACCAGGAUAUCCUCUCCUGGCAGUGGAAGGAUAUCACUCGGCUCCUGCACGAAGCAAAGCAGAACAAGGAACUGCUGCUCAGUGUUAAAAUGGAUCUGACCAGCCACCAUCCCUGGGAAAGAGCAUCUUCCUCCUACGAACCCUACAUCCUGAUUUAUGCCAACGAUUCCGCUAUCUCGGAGCCGGAGAGCGUUGUCUCUACUUUGCGAGGACACCGCCGUCCUCUGGCGAGGGUCCUUCCCGAGCCGGAGAGCCGCACGAGCAGCAGCAUCGACAACCGCCGGAGAAAACGCUCUGCAAACAUCCUGCUGCCGCUGCAGGACAACGAGCUUCCAGGAGCCAAGGACCAGUACGCUGAGGACGAGAGAUGGCAAGGCAGAAAACCCUACAAGGCCUUCCAGCCGCAGCUAGCAGACGGGGCCAGGAGUAAGAAAAAGCAGAGGAAGCAUCAUCUGCAGAAGAGCCAGACGCUCCAGUUCGACGAGCAAACACUGAAGAAGGCGAGGAGGAAGCAGUGGAACGAGCCGAGGUAUUGUGCCCGGCGCUAUCUCAAGGUGGAUUUUGCAGACAUCGGCUGGAGCGAGUGGAUUAUUUCCCCCAAGUCCUUUGACGCCUAUUACUGCUCAGGAGAAUGCCAGUUCCCCAUUCCAAAGGCCAUGAAGCCGUCCAACCACGCCACCAUCCAGAGCAUUGUGAGAGCCGUCGGAGUCGUCCCUGGCAUUCCCGAGCCUUGCUGCGUUCCUGACAAAAUGUCUUCUCUCAGCAUCUUAUUCUUCGAUGAGAACAAAAACGUGGUUCUGAAGGUGUACCCCAACAUGACAGUGGAGUCCUGUGCCUGCAGAUAACGCCUUGGGAGGCCUUUGGGCACCGCCAGGGCCAUCACUUGCUGUUUGGGGAGGGGAAUGGCAGGAGGCUCAUCGUACCUACUUGAUGUUUGCACUGCUGAGGCAUUUCCUUUGGACAAAAAAGAGAAAAUGUAAAGAAAUCCAGUCAGUGAGAAUGGGAACAGAAUGGAUUCCAUACAGGGCUUCCAAGACAAGCGAAUACAGACUUGGUUCCUGUGUGGUUUGAACCGAGACACAAGGCCUGGGAAUGGGACCUGACUGGAGCUGUGGAAAGCGGGAGGCAAAAGAAGAAUCUGCAUUUUUGAGACUGCCCAAAGGGACACGGUGAUCUGUUUUUGCAGGAGACUUUGGAAGCAGCACAAGCUGUGUUUAUUCUUAUCUCUGUUCUAGUGGUGACUGAUGGCAGGGGGAGGUUAGAAAUGUAGUAGUCUUCAUUGUAAAGCUAAGUUUCUUGCCUUAGGUUUUAGAGUAGUACAGCAAGGUGGCAAAACAAAGCUGACAAAGGUUUAUCUGUGUAUAGACUGUCAAUCGAAAAAAAUGAUAAUCACCCCCAAAAAAGAGAAGUUAUUUUGUAUAUGGAAAGAAACUUUCACAGAUUCUUCUAAUUUAUUUUAUAUCCGUGGCCCCAUCCUAAUGUAUCCUUCUUUAUCUCAGCACUCUUUAAAGCGUGCAGUUUUCUCUGUCAGUGCCGAGAUGAAUGAACUGCCAGGACUGUAGUGGAGCUCCGCAGGACAGGGGCACCCGCAGUGUGAAGGGCAUGUUUCGGUGCCGAUGGAUACGCCCGUCUGAUCUGUAUUGUUUUCCUCCAGUAAUGCGGGCGUUCUGCUCGGAACUCCGCAGAGACGUGAAAUAAAAAUGACUUAAAACCCGAAA